AUGAGAACCCACACAGGAGAAAGACCAUCCAGGUGUGGCCAGUGUGACUAUUCUGCUGCAGAUAAGUCCACCUUGGACCAACAUGUAGCAAAACACACUGGUGACAAACCCUACAUGUGUGGGGAGUGUGGGUACAGGACAACUCAGAAGUCUAACUUAUCCACACAUAUGAGAACCCAUACAGGAGAAAAACCCUACAAGUGUAACCAGUGCGACUAUUCUGCUGCACGGAAAUCCACUUUGGACAAACAUCUAGUAAAACACACCGAUGAGAAACCCUACAUGUGUGGGGAGUGUGGGUACAGGGCAGCUCAAAGAUCUAACUUAUCCCGACAUAUGAAAACCCACACAGCAGACAAACCCUACAAGUGUGACCAGUGUGACUAUUCUGCAGCACAAAAAUCCACUUUGAACAAACAUGUAAGAAGGCACACAGAUAAAAAGACCUACAGUUUCAGCGCUAAGCAUGGCCUGCAGUCGGAAACGUGUGAUGUGAACUUUCCCCAACCUGACAACACAUCAACCUCACAGGCACAGGAGAGCAGAGGUGAUAUGGGAAGGCAUGUGGUUAAACACACUGGUGAGAAACCCUACAUGUGUGGGGAGUGUGGGUACAGGACAGGUAGAAGGUCUGACUUAUCACGACAUAUGAGAGUCCACACCGGAGAGAAACCCUUUAAGUGUGAUCAGUGUGACUAUUCUGCUUCACGAAAAUCGCAUUUGAAGCAACAUGUAUCAAUACACACCGGUGAGAAACCCUAUAUGUGUGGGGAGUGUGGGUACAGAGCGACUCAAAAGUCUGAAUUAUCCAAACAUAUGAGAACUCACACAGGAGAAAAACCGUACAAGUGUGAUCAGUGUGAUUAUUCUGCUGCACAGAAAGGCCACUUGGACCAACAUCUAAUGAAACACAGUGGUCACAAACCCUACAUGUGUGGGGAAUGCGGGUACAGGACAAGUUAUAAAGGAAGCUUAUCUCGACAUUUGAGAACCCACACAGGAGAAAACCCCUACAAGUGCGACCAGUGUGACUAUUCUGCUGCACAAAAAGGACAAUUGGACCAACAUCUAAUGAAACACAGUGGGGAGAAACCCUACCUGUGUGAGAAGUGUGGGUACAUAACAACAGCAAAGUCCAACUUAUCCAAACACAUGAAAACACAUACAGGAGAAUCAAUGCCGGGUAGGAAGCAAUCCAAGAGGAAACGCAGACCUACUUCUGGAGACUCUGUCGCGCAUGAUUCAGAGGAUAGCAGCAUGGCGACGCAGGUAUCUCUGAGCAGUAUCGCUGCGCACCUGAGUGAAUUUGCAUCUAAAACCUCUGCAAGCUUUGACAAGUUAAAUGCCUCUAUCUAUCACUUGGGUGAAGACAUGAAGUCUCUGCGUCAGGAAGUUGUUUCUCUUCAGCAGAGCGUAUCCUUCGCUCACGACGAGAUCGAUGCCCUUAAACAAGAAACUUCCACUAAAAACUCCGGCUUGGAACAGCGCGUCAUCGCCCUCGAGGAGAAACUGUUGUUGUCAGAGCUCUAUUCCAAGAAGCAAAAUCUUCUCUUGUGGGGUGUACAGGCUGAGGAAGAAGAAGAUGUGGUGGAGAAAACCUACAAAUUCAUGGAGGACAACUUGAAGAUGACCAACGUCAAAAGUAUCGCCUUUGUGAACGUCCACCGUCUCCCAAAGAUGCGCGGAAAUCCGAUCAUCGCCAAGUUUGUAUCCAUGGCGGAUCGCGACCUUGUUCUGCGCCACGCGUACCGUCUCCAGCCGAAGUCUGGCAUCGGUGUCAGUGUUCACCUUCCUGUCCCCAUCCAGAAGGCGAAGGAGAGGCUAAAGCCAGCCUUCUAUGAUGCAAGAAGCAAGGGCCUUAAGCCCAAGUUCAAGCUUGACAACACAUCAACCUCACAGGAACAGGACAGCAAAGGCAGUAUGGGAAGGCAUGUGGUAAAACGCGCUGGUGAAAAACCCUACAUGUGUGGGGAAUGUGGGUACAAAACAGCUCGAAAGUACCAUUUAUCCCUACAUAUGAAUACCCAUACAGGAGAGAAACCCUACAAGUGUGUGGAGUGUGAGCACAGAGCAGCUCAAAAGUCCGACUUAUCCAGACAUAUGAGAACCCAUACAAAAGAUCGACCCUACAAGUGUGACCAGUGCGACUAUUCUGCAGCACAGAAAUCUGACUUAUCCAAACAUAUGAGAACCCACACAGGAGAUAAACCCUACAGGUGUGACCAGUGUGACUAUUCCGCCGCACGGAAAUUCAGUUUGGACCAACAUCUAUCAAAACACACUGGAGAGAAACCAUACAUGUGUGGAGAGUGUGAAUACAGGACAGUUAAGAAGUCCCACUUAUCUCGACAUAUGAGAACCCACACAGGAGAAAAACCCUACAAGUGUGACCAGUGUGACUACUCUGCUGCACAGAAAGGUGAAUUGAAAAAACAUCUAGCAAAACACACUGGUGAAAAACCCUACAUGUGUGGGGAGUGCGGGUAUAGGACUAUAAGAAAGGAUAAUUUAUCCCUACAUAUGAGAAACCAUACAGGAGAGAAACUCUACAAGUGUGACCAGUGUGACUAUUCGUUUGCAGAGAAAUCCAAAUUGGGUCGACAUAGAAGAAAACACACCGGUGAGAAACCCUACAUGUGUGGAGAUUGUGGGUACAGGACAGCUGUGAAGUGCAACCUAUCCACACACAUAAGAAGCCACACAGGAGAAAAACCCUACAAGUGUGACCAGUGUGACGUUUCUGUAGCAAACAAAUCUCACUUGAACCGACACUUACGAAAACACACCGGUGAGAAACCCUACAUGUGUUGGGAGUGUGGGUACAGGGUGGCUCAAAAUUCUGACUUAUCCCGACAUAUGAGAAGUCAUACGGGAGAAAAACCUUACAAAUGUGACCAGUGUGACUAUUCUGCUGCACAUAAACCCUCCUUGGACCAUCAUCUAGCAAAACACCGGUGAGAAACCCUACAUCUGCGGGGAGUGUGGGUACAGGACAGCAAGAAGGUCUAACUUAUCUAGACAUAUGCGAAAAACCCCACGAGCGUGGUCGGUGGGACAAUCCUAACCCCUCACAGUUGUGGCCAAAAUGACUCUACCUGUGCAUAAGGUAUAGUGACUGUAGGUGCUGUGUAUGUGGUAUAGUAACUGUAGGUGCUGUGCAUGUGGUAUUGUAACUGUAGGUGCUGUGCAUGUGGUAUUGUAACUGUAGGUGCUGUGCAUGUGGUAUUGUAACUGUAGAUGCUGUGUAUGUGGUAUAGUGACUUAGGUGCUACUUUUGAGAGGGCCACACUCAGAGCAAAUGUUGUUUUUGAAGGACCUUCACACAAUGUUGUAAAGAAAGACACGUUGAUGAGAAAAUGAGCUGAAAUCUGUAAUUUACUGACGCUUUGGUGGCUAUUCCCUUUGUCUUACCGUACGGAACAUGAACAUUUUGUAUAGGACAAUGUGAACACCGCACCACACUUGUAGCAUUGAAAGUAAUCGCCAUAUCUUAUAGCGAUAGAAAAAAUGUUGUAGUGAUAGAAAAAGUUCUGCAUAAAAGAUUGUCAUAUUUGUUUCGUACAAUCCUAUGGUAGUUAUAGCAUGUUAGUAGCUAACCUUUAAUUAGUAAGUAAUCAUGUUGGAACCUGAAUUCUUGGGAUCCUGGACUUUCUGGACUUUGAUUUAUACGAAAGAAUAACAUUUACAGCAAUACGCGCGCUGUUUAUAGUGGUUAUAUGCAUGUACUUGGCACAUAUAUGUAGUUUGUACACAUGGAUUCUUAGUAUUUGGCAUAAAGCAUGGUAUAUUACACAUACUUGAGAACCGUUUUUGGUUCAGUGUUGUCAAAAUAAAACAGGCGUAAACAAA